AUGAGCCAGCAAGAUCGCUUUUUGGUUUUCGGUCUUGGCGGAAUUGGAGCGGGACUCAGAAUAACCGUUCUGUAUUCGGCGAUUCUCAAGUCAAUUUCGAAAAAGGCAAGUCCUCAUUUGAUGUUCGUUUCUAGCUCGAAUGCACAAGGUACAGAUGUAUGGACAUAUGUGCUUGUCGCUACCAAAGCCCUCUUGAACUCGUCGCCGUCACUACCCGAGCUUCUCGAACCAUUUGUAACUGAAGAAGUGACGACGAUCGUCAUGAUCCAGAACGGCGUGGGUAUCGAGGCAAGUACCCCCCUCCCCACACACACACUGCCAGCACGUCAUCAUUUGACUGAUAGGCUGCGUGACUUGGAUCGGAGCUACUCAAAAGUCGAAUUACUCGACAAUAUCCAACAGCGAAGAUGGGAGAAAGUCACAUGGAAUUGCGCAUGGAACAGCCUGACUGCGUUGACCAAUACAAACACCCUUGAAUGGUUGACAUCUUCGUCCGACGCCGAAGCACUAUCGCGGGAUGUUAUGAAGGAGGUUAUUACAGUAGCACAGGGUCUCGGACUGAAUAUUUCGUUUGAUCUAAUAGACACGCUCAUGGAUCGAGUCUCUGGCAAACCAUUGAUCAGUUCAAUGCAAGUUGACGCCGCGAACAACAGACCGAUGGAGACGGAGGUCAUCAUUGGGACUCCUUUGCGCAAGGCACGAGAGCUUGGCAUCUCAACGCCGAUCCUGAGAACUUUAUAUGCGCUGCUGAUCUCAAAGGAGAAGAAGUACCUUGGUUCUCCUUGA